GGGGUGGGUACACCAGCCUUAGAAAGACUCGGUGCUCAUCCUGAAGAUCUCGUGCUUGAUCCUUUUGUACAGCCAAAGGUUACAUGCGAAGGCCAUGUAAAUAUGUACUACAGCCGUUGCUUGGCACGGCGGUACUGAUUUAUCUGUGUACCAAAAUGCAGAUUCUCAAUAACCCUGUGUUGACCACCUUCUAUCAAUGUUGGUGGAGCAUAGUGACCGUCCACCCUUUCACGUGGAUAAUAGUAAAGAAAGUCAGGUUGACCAUCCACAUGAGUGUGCUGCUCAUAGAACUCGUGAUACCAGCGGAUGAAAUAGCCCGCAAUUGGCUGGCCAGCAAUCACCAACACCAUGGGUAUGGUACGGACAGGUGGUAGCUGUCACGAAAUCCAGUUGCAGUCGCACAAACGGAUACAUAAAAUGGUGAUCACUCACAGGCACCAUGCCAAAAUUGUUAGGAGGACUGGGACCUAAGUCAACGACAUCCAGGUUGGCCACAUAUGCGGGGAAUGGGAUCCAAACUUGUUCUGGUGGGUGACCAACUGGAACGCGGACUUCAGGGAUGACAAAAGUAAGACCAUUAGCGACCGCCAG